ACCGUUCAUCUUCAUCCACCUGGUCCCAUUUAUUGGCAACAAAUCGUUAGAAUUAAUUUGAUUUUCAGAUUCAAGACUACGAACCUUGUCCAAGAUCCUCACCAACUAAACAAGGUAAGUUGGUAAGUAAGUGUGAGUGUGCUAAUAAACAAUUAUUGAAUGGGGUCGAGUAGGUUAUGAGGAAUUAUUGAGACUGAGGUUUAUUAUGGCUGAGUCCGGAUAACACAAACCGAGGCCUUAAUAAUUAAUAAUUAUUCGCCGAAGGCGAGGUAAUUAUCGGAGAAUAAAAACCGAGACGAAGUCGAGGCUCUUUUUCAUCGAUAAUCACCGAGCCUGAGGCGAAUAAUUGUUUUAAUAUAAUUUCGUAGGUGAUUAUUUGGAAAAAAAUUAAAAAUACACAUUUCUUCGUCAUUUAAUUGACAAACAGGCUUCGACCGCCAUUUCGAAAAUCGCUUAGGUGAUUACCGCGUAACUAGAAAAUACAUGCAUGCAGAAACCCUCGCCUUGCUGACAAAACCAUUGCAUUUUCCGAACAUGAAGUAUAUAAAGUAGUUGUCAUGGUAACACGAUAAUUUUUUAAGAAUAUUCAUACAAAUUAAUGAAAAUUGCCUACAAAUAUCACUUUAAUUACAAAAUUAUCAAUUUCCCAACAUUUAUAUGUCAGGUAUAUUAUUGUGCGUAAUAUAAGCUUCAAUUUAAGGUAAAAUUCAACCACAAACGCUUUGCAAAACGUUUUAAAGUGUUCUUCUAAACUGUCUUUAAUUAAAUGGCUUUAUCGAUAAACUUUGACUUUGCAAUAAAAUGAUUUCAUGUAGAUGUAGGCUAAAUAACUUUGCUUUCUUUUUUAUUUAAUAAAAAAUUCAAUAUAAUAAAAAAGGGAAUCAAUAUUAAAGAUACACUGAAAUUAUAUGCUGUCUUGUUUAGUUGUUUCAUAUACGCAAAGGCCGUCGGGUUUUAAAGCAAUUAUAAAAUCAAUAUUUAAAACAAACUUACCUUCGUCAACGUCGGCUCCCUUCAUUUUAUUAGCCGAUCCUUUCGCCUUUUCGUUUGAGAAAGCUUUUGAAAUUUACAAAAUCUUGCAAAAAUGCGAGCAAAAAUGAAAUAUAUUUGCAAGAAAAAUAUCAAUCAUGAAAUCAAGAAAUGUUUGCUAUUUCGCUGUCGUCAUGCAGUCGUUAUAAUACAAACUUUAAAUUGGACCAAUCAGUGUCCGCUAUUCAUGACAGUCCGCCAUAUUUUUGAGAUCAGUGAGGAUGACCACCCACCGAAACAUCGUUGGUGAGCCACGCCCGCGAUUAUUGAUGAACUUUAGACUUCGCUAAUGCUUUCGUUUCCCCGGGUAUAAAUAGCCGGGGGAAUUAAUACCCUCGCACGGCGCUUCGCGCCGUCGGCUCGGGGAUAAUCACCUGAACGGCAACCAAUCGGCGUGGAGAAUUUUUAAUAAUCACCUAUGUAAUUAUACUAAUUCCUCAUAUCCUGCGAAAACCGAAUUCAAUAAUUGUUCUAUUAUUUAUAUUUGUCGGAAUACACAAAAAAGGCCGGCGAACCUUUCCUUUGAGGAAGCCAUUAGCGACCUUAAGAUUCUACGACGCGGCAGACUACAACGCCACCGGAAGUAAAUUUGUAGCAACUGAGCAUGCGCGUGCGUUCUUGCUCAGCGAAUCUAAUCUACGACGACGCCGUUUUGCAGUUUUCACGUCGUCGUAGAUUUUCUACCAAAAUAAGAACAAAAAUGGAAAAAAAUACUAUAUCUGCGAAAGAAUUGGAAGAAAAGGAAGGGUCCAAGUCUGGGUAAGUGUUGCUUGUUUUCUUAGUUUCUUGCAAAAUACAUAAAAUGGUGAAAUGUUCGCCCAAAGACAGUAAAGUAUAUUACUGAAAACUUGCUUUUACUCAAUUUAAUGUAUAUCUUCGUAUUUUUGCCGAAACGUUCACCUCAUAUUUAUUAUGUUUAUUACAUUUACAGAGUUUGUUUUAUAAUGAAAUGGACUAAUGAGCAUGAUGUCGAAUUUUGCAAAGAGGUUAUUACUUCCAAGCUUUUUGAAACCAAGAAAAGGUCGGCAGAAAGAGCUCAGGUAUGGGAAGCUUGGAAAAAGUGGAAUAUCCUAAAUUCAAGGUGGAGCAACGUUCUGUCAGAGACAGAUUGAAAAAACUAAUCAAACAGUUUCGGAAAAAGGAAAACGAUGAAAGACGAGCCAGUGGAAUUUCACCUGAAUUAACAGAAUUGGACACACUGCUGGAGGAGAUAAGUGAAAAAGAGGAAGCAUCAGAAACCCUGGCUGCAGAUAUGGGAGAAAGGGAAAAGAGGCGUUUGGAAGAAGAUCACAUGGCAGGACAAGAGAUGCGAAAAAGAGCCAUGGAAACUUUAUCCGAGACCAAGAAAAGAAAUACAAAAAUAGAUCAAGAUAGUCCCAAACGCAAAGUCAGAAAGGGUGGUAAUACAGCCUUGGCAUUUUUGGCAGAAAAGGCAGAAAAAGAAACAAAACUGAAGGAAGAGAGCAACAGGUUAGAGAGGGAGCGCCAGGAAAUGGAAAAGGAAAAAACAGACAACUUUAUGCAACAACAGAAUGACAUGUUGACUGAUAUUUUAGAAAUGCAAAGACAGCAAAAUAAUCAGGUACAAGCAAGCCAGAUGGUUUUAAUGCAGCAACAGCAGCAACAAGGGCAAGCACUAAUAGCUCUUUUGUCUAAGAUUGUUGAUAAAGAAAAUUAG